UCUGUCAAAAAUUGUACAUAGCCUCUUUUGAAAUCGUUUAUUGUUGUAAUUAAAAAUCUUAAAAAACUUAGGAUUUUAAUAAGAAUUUUAUUGAUGCUUCAUUAUGGAUCACAUAUACACUCUAAGUAAAAGUAGUAAAAGAAUUAGCUCUCAUAAGGAAAACAUAUUUUACUGUUUGACUAAAUCGAUAAGGUGUUCUAUUUCUCCUACAAAUGUUAUAGCUUUCUGUACAGAAAGUGAUUUAGAAAAUUCCAAAUCGUCGAGUUGGUCAUCCAAUGUCUAUAUUGCAGACUUAAAUAAUCCAUGGUUGAUUUGCAAAAUUCUUUCAAAUUCUUCAACACUGACUGUCCUUCAAUGGGAUUCCACUGGGGAGUUAUUAUUAGUGGCUGAUCAGAAUGGUUUUGUUAGAGUCUACAAAGAAAAGGAUCACUUGCUCAAUGAAUGGAUAAUUGUUGCUCAUACACAUCUAGAAGGGGAGAAUAUCAUAACUACAGCUUUUUUUCAUACUGGAAAAAAAAUAUGUAUUAAUCCUGAGAAAAAAGAUAGUUCGGUAUAUACAGAUAAAUUCACCAAUGUUAAAUUUGCAUGCUCAGUGAAACAGUUUGGAGGUAGACCUUGCAAUGGAGCAUUAAUUUUAACUUCAACGGGCAUGCUUUGUGCUAUGUUAUUCCCUCAGACAACUAGUCAAACCUCAGUUAUAAUUGCCACUGAGAGCUUGGCCCCAAUAAGGACAUUAGUCAAAACUGCAGAUAUUUGUUAUGGUAAAAAUGGACAUUUCCUUGUGGCUGUAAGCAGUGGGAAUUGCCAUUUGCCCAUCAUGUGUUACAAUGUCUCAGUCAUGAAAUCUGGUGAAAAAUGUAUAAUUACUAGUAAAUCACUUCUUAGUUUCUUUUUAUCCGAAGCUCCACCAGAAACAGGAAUAAAAAACAUACUUAACACUAAUGGAGCAGUUACCAAUGUUAGAUGGAUGAUGAGGGAAGAUGCAGAUUCUUUAGUGGUCUCUGCAGGAAAUGAUACUAUAACUACACUCCAAGUAUGGGAAUUGAUUGAAGUGUCAAUGCCUGUACAUAGUGUUUUGGGCAAAAGUGACACUGCUCAACAUCAUCAUACAGUUCUGUGGCAGUACCAUUGUCAUUUUCAAUAUCCCCAUGGAAUUUCUUCGUUAGUGAUAAGUAAACUCUCGCUAAUGAACAACGUUUCUAGUGGCUACAUAGUUGUAGCUUACAAAGAUAAUUCAAUUCAUUGUUUGUAUCGCGAUACACUUAAACCUGUUGCCAAUACAACCUUGUCACUGAAACCUAAGUAUACUGGGGAACAUUAUUCUAAAUACCAAAAAGUCAGCACUAAUAUUGCAACAAUGGAUAUGUCAUGGCUUGGCAAUAUUCUAAUAGUAAUCGAUUCCGACGAUACUAUGUAUCUCUUCAAGUUGCCCCCUCAAAUCGAUAGUUCUACUCCUCUAAGUGUGCCUUAUUGCACCACGAUACUGGAAUACUGUUUAGUGACUGGAAUGGACUGGCUUGAUCUUCUGCUGGUUCUAAGACCUAGCAUGCUGGAUCCAUUGUGUGAUAGGUUGACAGAAAGUUUCAAUCGGCAGCCUUCUGCCUUGCAGCAAUAUUAUUAUGUGGAAUAUUUGUGCAUGAAAACGUCUUUGUAUGGAUUAAGUACCCAAGGACAGUGCAAAGCUAAUGAUUUAACUCACUUCUCUAUGUUGCAUAGCAUAUCUACAGCUUUCAAGAGCCUUUUGCGACCAAGUGAGAUGAGCAGCCAUGAAAAAAGUCCUGCAGACUCUCUUUCUAACGUGAUCAAUGAAGGCCAAUGUGAUGUUGAUAAACUCCUGAUGCAUUUAGAAGCGAAAGAAUUUACAGUGGAACCCACAACAUUGCAGAGUCUUCAGCAGCUAAUCCAAUGGAUAGGGGAUUUGGCAAUCAAUUUAUUGCUUAAAAUUCCAGAAAGCAGACCUUCUCAAUCAAAGGGUUACGAGCUGAUAAGAGAUGUAAAAGCACUGAAUAUGUUGAGGGAGAUGCUUAUUCUCAUCAGAAUAUGGGGUCUUCUUCGACCUGCCUGUCUUCCUCAUUUCGUCAAGUCGGAUGCCAAUUUGGAUAUCUUGGCGCUAGUGUUUAGGUUAUUGACUAGAUUAGUACAGAAUGUGAACGAACCAGAUGAGAGUUUGAUUGACGAUUGUUGUCAGCUUGCAAGUCAAGUAAUGGUGCAGCCAAUGCAGCUUCCAGUGUACAAAUCAGCUUUAGUUUCACCUUUAUUGGCUCAACAAAUACUACCAUUACAGUUGGAGUAUGGCUGCGAGCCUUAUUAUUUAGUUAAAAAGGAUGAAAUAAGCUUCAACCAGACAGUGGACUCGAUCCGUCAUCUGUUCUUAGGGAAGACACCACGAAUCAUCAAACAAUGUGUGAGAUGUGGAAAUUCUGCAGGGUUUGCUUCCGUUACUAGAACUGCUGCUAUCAGAGCUUGGGACCAAAGGUGGUUGAAGUCAUGUCAGUGUGGGGGAAUAUGGAGGAAACUAAUACGUGCAUAAGUAAAGUCAAUACUUCAUUGUAAAUAAUCAUUGGACGAAAAAUAUAAAUUAUUGGAUAAACAACAAUAAAAACUAUUUUUUAAUUAUAUAA